ACGGUUUCCAUAAAUAACCUUCCAAUUUCGUCUCCUAUUGGGAAACAGUGACAUGAACAAGCAAAUUUUUUGAACUGCCUUUGUCCUUUUGUUCCUUUCCAUCUUAUGCAUUUUAUUGACUCGAAAGGAUUGUGGAGUGCUUUAGCCGUUGCGCUGCUGGCCAGCUUAACGCAAGCGCUCGGCAUCUCCUUGCAACGACGUUCUCAUCUGGAAGCUCGUACCGAUGCCCUGUUUCGUCGGCCUUUAUGGGUGUCUGGUUUUCUGAUUUAUACCUUGUCGACCAUUGUCGGCUCCACCAUCACCAUCGGCUAUCUUCCCAUCGUUAUUCUGGCUCCUAUAGGAGCUAUCGGUCUUGUGUUCAAUGCUAUUUUCGCUCGUUUGGUGUUGGGCGACCCUUUUACCGCCAGAACGGUGCUAGGUACCUCCUUGAUUGUGGUGGGAGCGGUUCUUGUUGGUGGUUUCGGCGUGGUUCCGGAACCUAAACAUUCUCUGCAAGACCUUAUCAAGCUGUACAAGCGACCUGCUUUCAUUGCUUACUUUGCCGUUAUCGAGACGUUCACGUGCCUAGGUCUUUUGGUAACGCAUGUGCUGGAGUAUGGCAUGAACAAGAAGAAACCCCAUCCCCAUGGCCUGUGGAGUCAUCCAGAUCUAAAAAUGUGGUUGGGCAUCAGUUACGGUAUGCUUGGUGCGAAUAUCAGUAGCCAAGCGAUGCUGUUUGCCAAAAGCGGAUUAGAGUUACUGACGCUCACGAUCUUCCAGCAUGAGAAUCAGUUUGUGUAUCCUUUGACUUGGGCUAUCGUGUUUGCUCUGAUUUUUACAGCAAUUCUUCAGCUUCAUUAUCUGAAUCGUGGCGUGCAACUCUGUGAUACCAUUAUUCUCGUUCCGCUCAAUUUUUGCUCUUUCAACGUGUCUUGUCUGUUCAAUGGAUUGAUGUAUUACAACCAAUGGGACCAGUUGUUUUGGUGGCAAGUCGUGGCCGUUCUCUCUGGGAUUGUCAUCCUUGUCUACGGUGUACUGGUCAUCUUUUUCCAACCAUCGACGACCCGUCUGAAAGACGUCGAUCCCGAUCACAACAUCAAGGGACAGCAGAAAAAUAUACCAAGCGAACGUACACCCCUCUUGGCAUCUGCCUAACAUGCACAAGAUCUCUCUCUCUUUAUCACCAUUUUUAUACUCGUACGAUCUAAAUGUAUAUCCCUUUUGUUAUCUGUUUUUCCACUUUUCUCAAGCACAUGGAAAAAUCCUAUCUAGGUUUCAUCGCUGAUCAUUCAUUUGCUCUGUUUUCUCAUUCCUUCUUUUGUUUGCAUUUUCUUUUUAUCUCACAUGCUUUCUGUUCAUUGCAUGUGGUAUUUACCCUUUUCUCUGUAAAUAAACAAUUUAAUUUAUAUUAAAAGCAUUCAUUGGAUC